AUGGCACAAUUGACAAUAGAUACAGCUUCACAGUCUAUCUUCGAGAACUUGCUCACCACGAUGAUUCAAGACAUUGUUGCUCGCACUACAACCCAAGCUCAAACACUCCGCGCACGGUAUGGCGGGAUUCCUAAGCCCUACUUUCACGAUAAGUCGGGAACGCUUGACAUUAACGGUAUGCCAAAGCAGCAAGAAAGCUCCAUAUAUUUCCACUGCGAUAACUGUAGUCGCGACGUUUCAGUCAAUCGCUUCGCAGCGCAUGUGGAAAGAUGCUUGACAAGAGGAAGAAGAGGAUGA